CCUGAGCUGGUGACGUGACUGAAGGGAUCAGUGUCACUGGGUCAAACUGGGGGGUGGUCGGACGGUUUGUUUCCCGACGACCACAAGGACAAGUCAGUGCAGUUGUUUAGUGUCUGGGUUUAAAGAGCAAUUCGCUGUUUUUAUAGCGUCACAUGAGCUAACUGGCUAACAGCUGUUAGCCUCCUAACGCUACAGCCCAUGUUCACGUUAGCUCACGGCUUAGCGGCGUAUUGGCACCUAGCAGGAGGUCGACUGCAGGAUAAAUAGAUGUCACUUUACAGUCUCACGUCUUUAUAAUAGGUCUGUGUGUUAAGCUGAGGUGUGGAAGUAGCUGUGAACGUGACGAUUCAUUGUGAAGGGAGCGGAUCCACCCACAGCCUUAGCCGCUAACUGCCUUUGAUCCUCCCGUUACCUGUGGCAGUAGCAGCGCUGGUGGUGGUGGUGGUGGUGGGGGUGUCAUGUGUUUCUGAAGAGCAUGAGAGAACCUGAGGAUGGUGUCCGCUCCGGAGAGGGAGAGACACACGAUGAAGCCUGAACACCAGUGUCUUGCCAUGGCUGAGGAUGGAGAGCUGGGUCCCGCUGGUUCCUCGGGCCGACAGACCUACAGGAGUGCAGCCCACUUCCGCAGCCUGCUGGACGGCCUGCUGGCCCUCAGGCAGGGGGGCAUCCUGUUCGAUGUGGUGCUGCUGGUGGAGGGUCGACCCAUCCAAGCCCACCGCAUCCUGCUGGCAGCCUCCUGCGACUAUUUUAGGGGAAUGUUUGCUAGAGGCCUUCGGGAGUCGCAGCAAAAGGAGAUAGCAAUUCAUGGAGUGUCCUACAUGGCCAUGAAAAAAAUACUUGACUACAUCUACACCUCAGAGAUUGAGUUGGACCUAGAGAGUGUUCAGGAAGUCCUGAACGCUGCCACACUCGUACAGCUUGAGAAUGUCAUCGGCUUCUGCUGUGAUUUCCUCUUCUCCUGGCUGGAUGAGGGCAACAUUUUAGAGGUGCAUCACCUCGCCGAUCUGUAUGGACUGCAGCAGCUUAACGACCGGGUCCACUCCUACAUCCUCAGGAACAUCCAGACUCUGUCUCGCUCCGACGUGUACAGACAGCUCCCCAAAGACAUUGUGUUCAGAGCACUGAGCAGCGACGAGCUUCAGGUGAACAGUGAAAACGAGGUGUACGAGGCGGCUCUGCACUUCCACUACAGCCCCGAGCAGGUGGAAACUGACCAGGUGUACUUGCAGGUCAGUCCCAAGGACAAUCUCAAGAUGGUUGAUGCUGUGCGUUUCUGCCUGAUUGAGAAACAAGUAUUGCAGAGACUCUACGGCAGACUGAACAAGUGUCCGCUGAAGGACAUGGUUUCAGCUGCCUUGCAUUACCAUGAGCGGGUGAUCUGGCAGCCCGUCCUGCAGACUCCUCUCACCCAGCCGCGCUCCACCUUCCAUUGUAUCCUGGGUUUCGGCGGCAUGUUCACCUCCGGCUCCCUCACAGACAACGAGCCCCUGUUUCAGGUGUUCCACCCGAGCUGGGGGGAGUGGAGGGCUCUCGCCGCAGCAUCCGCGCCGCGAAUGUCCAACCAGGGCAUCGCUGUGAUCAACAACUUUGUUUAUCUUAUUGGCGGAGACAAGAACACCAGUGGAUUUCGAGCGGAGACCCGCUGCUGGAGAUACGACCCCCGUCACAACACCUGGUGUUCCAUCCAGCCACUCCAGCAGCAGCACGCUGACCACUGCGUGUGUGUGGUGGGCAACCAUAUCUACGCCAUCGGAGGGCGAGACUACAGUAACGAACUGGACUUAGUGGAGCGCUAUGACCCGCACACCAACAAGUGGGAGUUUGUGUCACCUCUAAAAAGAGAGGUGUACGCGCAUGCCGGAGCAGUGGCAGGCGGAAAGAUUUAUAUAACCUGUGGCCGCAGAGGUGGGGCUUACCUCAAAGAGACAUACUGCUUUGACCCUGAGGCAAAUCACUGGACGCCGUGUGCGGAGGGGCCGGUGGAGCGGGCCUGGCACGGCAUGGCAGCUGUGAACGGACGCAUUUAUGUCAUAGGGGGAAGCAAUUAUGAGCGUGGAUAUCGGCGUGAUGUCCUGAAGGUUGCAUGCUUUGAGCCCACUGCCAACUCUUGGUCUUUAAUGACCCCUCUCCCCGCUGGACACGGAGAACCCGGCGUUGCUGUGCUGGACAGUUACAUCUACAUCCUGGGUGGACGCUCUCACGACAGGGGUAACAGGAUGAAAUAUGUUCACGUGUACAACACCAACGCAGACGAGUGGGAGAACGACACAGAGUUUAAGGAGCGUGUCUCGGGCAUGGCAGCCUGCGUGGUGCUCAUGCCCCCUAAUGUGAUCGCCCAGGGCCGGAGCUGGGAGCAGCGCACCAAGGCUUCAUGGGAAGAUGUGGACAACGACAACUCAGAGGACUCUAGUGAGGACUGAAGCAGCUGUGUUGAACUGGAUGUCUAGCCACUGGAGACUGUUGAUGCACUUUUUAAAACAAAUUCAGCAUGACGAGUGUGAAGUACUUUAAGGAUGUUGUUGUGGCAGCGGUUAUAACAGCAUCAUGUCCGUUUUGCAUGUUAACCACUUUGAGUGCCUCUGAACCACAGUGUCAUUCAGGAUAUUUGCACAUUUAUUGUUACAUCUCAGCUACAACGUUAGCCCCUGUUCAGAACUGGUAUUAACAUCUGUCCUGAGAGAUCCGAUCACUGGUGGACAGGUCUAACACCCGGGCCACACUGGGUGUUGAUCUCAGAUCGGAUAUAGAUCCGAUCCCAUCAGACCACAUUUGGAGUUGUCUGGGCCACAUGUGUCCACAUUCUUUUUGCAGCGUGAACACGAUUGUGUCUCUGCUCGUCAGUUCGUUUGGGACCACUGGUUUCCGUCUAUCUCGUAAGACAGGGGCAUCAUCUCGGUCGGUCAGGUUCAGUCACUUCGGGCCACAUUUUAACGCCAGGUGUGAACACACACACUCAGAGCUGUCCACUUGUGAUUGGAUCAAACAAACCACAUGUUAAUACCAGUAGUGCACGGGGCCUGAAUCCCACUAUGACCAUGAAACCUUGCCUGCUCAAAUGCUAAUACGACAGUUUUUGGCCGAUCCCUCAAUUUUUCACUGUAGCUGUUUCAGUGUCGUUUGUCAUUGAAACCCUCUCCUCAAAGUAAAGCAGUGUAGACUACUGGCUAUGCAAUAAUAUGGUGGUACAGUAUAUGGUUAUAUGGAGAGUUACAGAGUUUUACAGGCAGUUGUUACCUGUUGUAAUGUUAUUCUUAAGCUAGUCAAAUUUCUGUGAAGUCAAUUAUUUAAGUACGAUUUAGUUCUCGUUUCCAGCCUAGAAGCUACUGGUUGAUGCUAUGGUUGAGUUAUCACCUCCAAAAUACAGAAAUAUAUUUAAGGCAUUUUAACAUUGUGCCUUUUUUUUCUGCUGUAACACACAAGUCUGUGUUGUGAAGUUUUUAUUCAUAUGUUUACCAGUGUCUGAUUAGAGGGAGAUGAGCCUCAGAUAAUGUGCCUCGGAUGUCAGAGACGUUGAAGUGAUUUUUAACUGGAUGAUGAAGCACUGGUGCUACAGGAUGAAAAGCCCAACUCCUAAUAUGUUGCCACGUCUCUAGGUUAAUUAUAAAUGAAGUCCUUAUGUGUGUCUGAUGUAAACCUAAACAUUAUGUUAAAAGGGUUGUCUCUGUUUCCAUUGAUCUUCCUUACUGUGUGUUAUUCCAUGGCAGAAUCCGAAGAGUAGCAGGAUAUUAUAAUUUGUUAUUUUGACCUCUGCUCCAAUGUUUCUGUUUGUUGCCUCAGUUCACGGUUAACGUUAUAAGUGUUAUUAUUAUAGUCAGAUGUGUUAAAUGGCACUUUCCUCACUAUGCACCUUUUGUUUCUGUCACUGAAAAUCCUCCAGGAACAAGUGGAGUCUCAGUUUUGUUUUCUCAUAGGUUCAGAGUUAUGUCUUAAGAUGGAAAACAAUGUGUUGGUACUUGCCGUCACACAAAAAAUGCAAAAUUGGUUCUCAAGAUAACGUUUCAAAUUUAAUUAAAGAGCUGAAAUGUGUUUUGAUAUGAAAUCCAGUUGGAAUUUUAAUUUGACUGGUUGAGUAUGUUUGUUUAAUUCAUGUGAUACUAUAUUAAACAAGGCCCAAAGUGUCACGGAAUUGAGAGGUUGAAUGGAGAAGCUAUAUGACUCAGCAGAUUGAAUAGCAAAUAGGAAAAAGGGAGAGUGAUUCAUCAAUUCAUUCAGUUACAUAUUUCUCUUAUUAAGAUGCAUUUUCAAAUGGAUUUUUAGAUCACCCCCCCCCCCGUGUUCGUCCCGUGAUGUCCAUCCUUGCCUGCUAAUUGCUCAUUCGAUUAAAUAUGUUUGUUUUGAAUCACUGCCCUAUGAUCUAUGUUGUUUUAUAUACAAGCAUAUCAAAAUAAUUAUCUUCAAUUGUAUUAGGGACAUCACAACUGUCUCUACAUAGGGCUCCUCCGUCAUCGCUGCUUCACUCUCCGUGUGUGUGAGUGUAAGGCUGCGUUCCAGACGACUCGUGUCAGAUAUUCUGACCUGAAAUUGCCCAGUUCUGACUUCACGUCAAACAUAAACAAACAUGUCUGACUGUGAGAAGCAGAUUAAUUUGUCUCGUGAUGAGAAAAUUCAACUGUAGCCAGUGCAGUCUCCGUUCGCACAAAAACAAAGAGGAGGAGGGCAACGACAUCAUCUUUUUAUUAUACUUUUAUUCUUGGAAACACAUUCAAUACAUAAAGGAGAACACACACUGUCAUUGAAUAUCACAAACAAAGAAACCAUUAAAACAAACAUAUUUAAUCAUAUGAACUAGUUAAACACAUUCAUACUGUGCAAGGAACACACUCUAACCUUAAAAUGACAUGAAGGACAUUAUGAAAAAUAGAUAAAUUAUGUAGAAAUCAGUAGAAACAAGAUAUUUAAACUAAAAUCUUUUGUGUUAUUCAAUGAGUUAUAUUUUCGAGGGACAACAAAACUGUUAAUAGUCUAUUUAAAACAGUGAACUAUGAAUAUGUAUACUAUGAAUAUCUGCUGAUAAAUCCUAAUAAAUAUUUUGUUGCAAAGGUUGCAA